AUGUCCAACUUCACGGAAUUAACCAACCCGGCACCGGACUGGCUGAACAAGGGUGAUCAAGCAUGGCAGCUCACGGCUGCUACGUUCGUGGGACUGCAGUCCAUCCCCGGGCUGGCUGUGAUGAAAUGGGCCAUCAACUCGGCCUUCAUGGUCUUCUAUGCCUUCGCUUCAACCCUCAUCUGCUGGGUCAUCUGGGCUUACAAAAUGAGCUUCGGCAAGCAAUGGGGCAAGCUCCCUCUCGUCGGCAUACCAGGUCCCGUUUUGACCAUGCAGCAAAACCUGGCCCAGUCCGAGCUGUAUGCCGCCGGUUCCACGCAGAACUUUAACCUCUCCACCAUGAUCUACUUCCAGUUUGUCUUUGCCGCUAUCACGACAGUCAUUCUGGCCGGUGCGUUGCUGGGUCGGAUGAACUUUCUCGCUUGGAUGGUUUUUGUGCCGUUGUGGAUUACGUUUAGUUAUGCUGUGGGUGCUUUCAGGUUUGUCCUCGAUUUCCGGCAUGCUUCUCUGCUGUUUCCUGUUGACGUACGUACGUAG